UGAACAUCUAAUAGGCUCAGGCCGGAUUUGAAGCAGGCAUGAAAAUGGGUGGAAAGCUUUCCAUACUUCUCCUUCUUGUCAUCUUCUUCUUCUUCACCACAUCUACAGCUUCAAGAGAUAUUUCAGAAUUGCCCCACUUUAACAGGUCUUUCACUGUCAAAGCCAACCAGCGGAUUGCUUUAAACAAGUGUUCAUACACAGUGGACAUCAGAACAAGCUGUUCUUCAGUAAAAUACACCAGAGAUCAAAUCAGCCUUUCAUUUGGUGAUGCCUAUGGCAAUGAGGUGUAUUUAGCAAGGCUUGAUGACCCAGAUUCGGAUACAUUCGAGAGAUGCUCGAGGGAUACAUUCAAGAUUAAGGGGCCGUGCAUGGAUGACGUGUGUUAUCUGUAUCUGUACAGGGUGGGAUCGGACGGCUGGAAACCGCAGACGGUGACUGUGUACAUGUCUGCUUACAGGUAUGUUACGUUUAUAUACAACAGAUUUAUACCCAGAGGAGUGUGGCAUGGCUUCAAUCACUGCGAUUAUGCAUCCAUCUCAACCGUUGCGUAGAGAAGACAGAGCUGAGAUUGAUUACUUAUAUGUAUAUGUACUCGAAUGGAUGGGUUUUUAUUGGAAUAGGCCUAUGUUGUUAAUUUCAAAGUCAAGAUUUAUUACAAUUACAUAUUUA